UAUUGUGUCUUCCGGCACGCGCCCUGGCUGUGCUGGUGGACAUAUGGGAGGCCUUGUUAUUUAAGAAUGGAAGAGGAUACAGAUUUUAGAAUAAGGUUUAGUUCUUUAUGUUUCAUUACUGAUCACGUUGGAUUUCAUGGCACCAUAAAAAGCUCGCCAAGUGACUUUGUUGUUAUUGAGAUUGAUGAGCGGGGACAGUUAGUUAAUAAGGCCACUGAUGAACCUAUUUACAAGAUGAGUAAAGGACUGCCUGAGCCAAAUAAUUUUGCCAAAAAAACAAAACUAGGUCUGCAAAAUUUAGUCUUUGAAGAGGGAGGCAACCAGAAAGUCAGUAUAUUGGUCCGGUGCUCUGAUGAUGACCAGAAUCAUCAGCCUGGUUCAGAAAAGGAAGAUGCUAUCCAUGAUGGAACUUCCAAAGGUGAAGAAGAAAAAGUUUAUGCAUUAGGCUCAUUGUUGGAUGAAAAAACUAAUGAACUACUGGAUCAGUUUGCCUGUGAUAUAAAAGAGAAAUGGAAUUCUGAAAGUGAGCUGACUGGACCGUCUCCUGAAUUCUCACUGGGCAGAAUCCUUGACAAAAACCAGAGGGCUAUUUUGCAUAGUGCUAUUCGGCAGAAGUUCCCUUUUUUAAUAACUGUAGGAAAAAACAGUGAAAUUGUUGUAAAACCAAAUCUUGAGUAUAAAGAACUCUGUCAGUUGGUAUCUGAAGAAGAAGCAUCUGACUUUUUUAAAUACUUGGAUGCAAAGAAAGAAAAUUCCAAAUUUACCUUUAAACCUGAUACAAACAAAGACCACAGAAAAGCUGUUCACCAUUUUGUCAACAAAAAGUUUGGAAAUCUUGUGGAAACCAAAUCUUUUCCUGAAGCUAAUUACAAUGCUGGUAAUCCAAAUACAGUGAUAACGGUAAGAUUUCGUGAAAAAGCACACAAGCACAGGAAAAGGUGUGUUGAAUCCCAGGAAAGAAAAGUUAUAUACACAGCCUUCACCCUACAAAAAGAAAAUCUAGAAAUGUUUGAAGCAAUUGGUUUUUUAGCUGUCAUACUUGGUGUGAUUCCUUCAGAUUUUAGUUACGCAGGCCUUAAAGACAAGAAAGCCAUCACCUAUCAAGCAAUGGUUGUUAGAAAAGUGACUCCAGAGAGGAACCAAAUAAAUGAUUCUGCAAACCUGAGAGAGAGAAUUUUGGAGGCAAUAGAAAAUGUUAAGCAUAAAGGGUUUGUGAAUUAUUAUGGGCCGCAGAGAUUUGGGAUAGGAAGGAAAGUUCACACAGAUCAAAUUGGAUUGGCUUUGCUGAAGAGUGAAAUGGUGAAGGCUGUAAAAUUAUUUCUUACACCGGAAGAUUUGGAUGAUCCUGUAAAUAAAGCAAAGAAAUAUUUUCUUCAAACUGAGGAUGCUAAAGGCACACUUUCAUUGAUGCCAGAAUUCAAAGUUCGAGAGAGAGCAUUGUUGGAGUCACUGCAUCGCUUUAGCAUGACCGAGGAGGGUUGUAUCCAGGCCUGGUUCUCCUUUCCUCAUUCUAUGCGCAUUUUCUACAUUCAUGCAUAUAGCAGCAAAAUUUGGAAUGAGGCCGUAUCUUACAGACUAGCAACCUAUGGAUCAAGAGUGGUGGAGGGUGAUUUGGUCUGUUUGGAUGAAGAUGGUGAUGAUGAGCAAUUCCCAAAUAAUAAAGUUCACCUUGUAACUGAAGAAGAGGAAUCGGCUAAUGCAUAUGCAAUACAUCAGGUGGUUCUUCCAGUGCUUGGAUACAAUGUUCAGUACCCAAAGAACAAAGUAGGGCUGUGGUACCAGGAAGUACUUAGCAGAGAUGGACUACAGACAUGUAGGUUUAAAGUACCUACUCUGAAACUGAACGUUCCAGGAUGCUAUAGAAAGAUUUUGAAACAACCCCGCAAUCUGUCAUACCAGCUAAUAGAAGAACAUGGUAUUGAUGUCAAAGCAGAAGGUUCCCACAUUGAUGAAGCGACUUUAUCUCUUUUGAUUUCUUUUGAUCUUGACGCUUCAUGUUAUGCUACUGUGUGUCUGAGGGAAAUAAUGAAGCAUGACUUUUAAAACCAGUAUCCUUGAUAUUCCAUGUAUCUGUCAUUCUUCAAAGGAAAGGGAGCUAAAAUUUGUUUGAGCAUCUGCCAUGUGCUAGGAGUUUUGUAAUUGUUAUCUCCCUUAGUUAAGCACUAUCCCAAUAAAGUAGGAAUUUGCUACUAACAUUCCAGAAGACAUAUAAGCUAGUAAGUGUCAGAGUCUGAAUUUAAGACUCCAAAGCCUGUGUUUCUUAUCUAUUAUCUGACAUUUCAGUGACCUUUAUUGUGUUAUAAAAGUUACAAUCUUUCUGGACUAUGGAGAGCAUAUAUAAUACUGUAAGAUAACAGUUAAGAAAGAAUGCUUUUAGAGUAAUGUUUAUAUCCUUUAGCUUCUUGCUUAGAAUAUAAAUGAAACCAGAUUGUAAUGAAAGCAUGUAGUUGGAGAUAAAGAUAGAUGAAUCAUUUUGUUAACUGCUAUUGUCAUUCUUUCAUAUUUGAAAUUAUUGAUCAGAAAAAUACAUCAGGGAAAUGUAAUCCCUCUAUAAUAGCUACCUCAGGGUAGUUUACCCUUUUAUGAGAUAAAUAAUCUUCAAUGAAGAUUGAAAUAAAUCUUUUAUACAACUUCUUUAUCUUGUCAUACAUUGACCCACCUCUUUCCUCCUCCUCCCAUUAUCUAAGCAUAGAUUUUUAGAGUCAAUCAGAUCUGGGCUGACUCCAUGCCUGAUACUAACUAGUGACUUCGAGUAUGUAACUGAUUUUUUUUUUUGAGGCUCACUUAAAGAAUCAAGAUAGCACCAAUCUCCUCAGCAGCAAAUAAUUGGAUUAUCUCUACUUUUAUGUUGCUAGAGGAAGAAAACAUGUGGCCCAUUUAAAAAUUUAAAUAUUUGUUAGGUUAACUAUUUCACAUCAUACUAGUAAACCAUUCCUAACCACUUUAUAUUAAUAAAUUAAAUUUAGGGGGAAAUAGGAAGAUCCGAGCAGUCUCUAAUUUCUGGUAACUUUAUUUUAUUUUAUUUUUUAAAAAUAUAUUUUAUUGAUAUUUUACAGAGAGGAA